AAAAAAAAAAUAGAAAACAGAAAGAGGUAGGAGAGAAAGAAGAAUUCUGGGACACAGACACAGAGAGAAAAAUAAGAGGGGGCUUGUUUCCCCCUUCUCUCCACACCCUCUGGCUUUUAGAAGUGAAGCAGCUCUUUGAAGAGAAAGUGGGAGCAGUCCUGGACCUCCACGGUCCUGCCCGGAGUCCAGGGUGCAGCGAGAACAACCCAGCAGCCAGCUGAGACCCUGACAGGACCCAGGCAUGAACGACAUCAAGCUGGCUCUCCUCGGGAGCCAGGGGGCUGGCAAAUCAGCUGUCCUCGUGCGGUUCUUGACCAGACGAUUCAUUGGUGAAUACGCCUCGAAUGCAAAUUCUCUGUACCAUAAAAGGCUUUCAAUUGAUGGCAGGCAGCUGAAUUUGGAAGUUUUCGACCCCUGCUCUCAGAGCUCUGAAGCCAGGUGCAUACUGGAGGAGCCAGUGGACUGGGCAGAUGGUUUUGUUGUGGUUUACAACAUCAGCGACCUCACUUCUUUCAUCAACGCCAAAAACAUCCUCCAGCAGAUCAGGGAGGCACGCACGGACAACUGCAAAGGGGACACGGAUGUUCCUGUGUGUCUUGUGGGCAACAAGCAGGACUUGUGCCAUGCCCGUCAGGUGCAAGAGGAGGAAGGCCGCUGCCUGGCGCAGGAGAACCGCUGUAACUUCCAGGAGGUCUCGGCGGCUGAGAGCUACCAGGACAUUGCCAACCUUUUCACGCAGCUCAUCCGGCAGGUAAUGGAGCACCUCAAGUACCGAGCCGACCGGCGGCGCUACAGUGGCUCCAAGUCCAUGGCCAAACUCAUCAACAACGUGUUUGGCAAACGAAGGAAGUCGGUGUGACGUCCCCAGUGGAUGUCAGCUGUGGGGAGUGGACAUGUUGCUUUCUGUACUAACUUAUCAGAACUGUUGAUUACAAAGAAAGUGACUCCUUGGUUAUGUGGAUGUCAAUGGUUGAUUAGAUCUUUAUAUGUAGAUUUGUUUUGCAAAAAAAACGUUUUUUUACAUUAGCAUAGCAACAUAUUUACAAUGAGCUGAACAGCUAAAGCAGCCAUGUAUUAUCCACAUUACAAGAGCUUUAGAAGUUAUACUUGUUAACUAAAAUGUUUAUUUUCACAUCAAACUUUUCAAAAUCCUUCUUUUUUGUAUGUUUUAGUUAGGCCUUCUGCAAACUGAAUUUUGAUCCCACUGCAAUAUUUAAAAAUCAGCCAGAACCUGGUUCCUGCCGGGUCUUGGAUGGGUCUUUGGGAUGCAGUGUGCUGUCAUAUGUGUCAUAGAGCGUGAUGGCCUUAGAGGGUUUUGCGCAGGUACAAAACUACUUUAGAAACUGUGUAGUGAUUAUGCUGGCAGCAUAUCAGGGAUUUGAGUGAAGCACAGUGGCAAUGAUGGCUGCCCUUUCAUGACAGGAGGUCCACGUGAACCGUUGCAGAUUGCCGGUAGUUGUUGGGACCGUGCUACCCUACACCUGUGAUCGUGGCAAAGUCAGACACAUAGUCAGACAUUCUCAUGAUCGUGGUAUUGUACUAGUAAAACAGAGUGUGCUUUUAAAAAGACAAGGUUAGUUAAUAUGCACCUUAUCACCAACAGACCAACGCUUAAACCUUUUCUUCUGAGAUAUCCUGAGACUAAUACAGGUCUGUAUUUUGGCUCAGCUGAAAGUAUGUGUAUGACUUCAUUGUUUGCAAUUAAAUAUUCAAGUCUAAAUCUGAAUUUGUCUCCUGGUUCGUGUCUCUCCUUUCAGUAUAAACACAUUUUCUUACACUAGCAUGUCAUGUUCUAUUAGCCAUUAUCUGCGUCUUGACUUGGUCCAAGUGAGCCGUGCCAAGGUGAUACCAGGCUUUGGUCUGAUUGUGAGCAUACAUGGUAGGUAGUAUCAUCAUGGAAACGUGUUGCUGAUAUAGUGUGUAGUGAGGUGCAGGGGAGUGUCAUGGGGAAGCACAACAGCAAUGUCCUUUUUGUUGAGCAACAAGAAGGCAGCAGAGUCAUGGUGACCUUCAAUGUAAAGGAGGUUUUCCAAAUUCAUAACAAUCCAGGCAACAAUAGGUCUUAAAGACUGUAGCUGGAGAGCCAUCUAGUACAACUGGGAGCUUGUUCACGCAUAAACACAAUUUUUCCAAUAAGAUCUUUUUGAGGUAGUUACACUUUAAAGUCUCAAUUGUUGUUCUGGAAUGGGAAAAAAAGUUGUGUUGUAUAAAGGUUCUCAUUAUAAUGGUAAUGAUAAUGGUAUCUUAAUUACAAUUUAAAAAAUGAAAAACACGUAAACCACAAACAGUUUGUCAAGUAUUUCAGUAUUUUAAUAUUUUUAAUGCACAGUGAAAGUACCUGCAGUAAACUCUGUUAAAGUAUCUCUCUGUUACAUUGCUGUAUUUUUCAUUUAUAAAAGCACCUGAAAUAAAUCUGUUUCUCACUCAA